CACCCACUCCAACCACCAAAAUUAAAAAGGCACCCUUCUUUAAUAUUAUAAAACCUCUGCACGUACCAUAAUCCUGUUCAAGAAAAAAAGCAACAGCAAGCAGAUUGAUUACAUGGCGUGUGUUUGUUCAUCUUCUUCGAUUGCAAUGGCCGAGAGGAUUUCUUGGUACAGUGCUCUGUUCUUGGCAGUAAUGCUGGUUUUGAGCUGCUGUGAAACAAGCCGUGAAAGCGAAUUCGCGGGUCGGAUUCUGCAGAAAGAUAUCACCAACACCAACAAGCCGUGCGAUGAAAUCUAUGUUGUUCGUGAAGGAGAGACCCUGCAAACUAUCAGUGAAAAAUGUGGGGAUCCAUAUAUUGUUGAGGAGAAUCCACAUAUCCAUGACCCAGAUGAUGUUUUCCCCGGCCUCCUCAUCAAGAUCACCUCUUUCAACAAUAGGUAGAGAGCUUAAUUCCAUUCCUUUGCAAUUAAGUUUUAAGGUUUUGAGUACAAUUUAUGUGAAAAUUGUAAACAGGGCAAGAUUGUUAUCAUAUACAUGAUUAAAAUCUUAAU